ACAUGCUUGCCAACGCGGCCACGAUGCGGAUCCUGAUCAAGGGGGGGAAGGUGGUGAAUGACGACUGCACCCUGGAAGCGGACGUCUACAUUGAGAAUGGGAUCAUCCAGCAGGUGGGCCGUGAGCUCAUGAUCCCCGGUGGAGCCAAGGUCAUUGAUGCCACGGGCAAGCUGGUCAUCCCGGGGGGCAUUGACACCAGCACCCACUUCCACCAGACCUUCAUGAAUGCUACCUGCGUGGAUGACUUCUAUCAUGGCACCAAGGCUGCCCUGGUCGGGGGAACCACCAUGGUCAUCGGGCACGUGCUUCCGGACAAAGACAUCUCCCUGCUGGACGCCUACGAGAGGUGCCGCAGCCUGGCCGACCCCAAAGUCUGCUGCGACUAUGCCCUGCACAUGGGCAUCACCUGGUGGGCGCCCAAGGUGAAGUCGGAGAUGGAGACCCUGGUGCGGGAGAAAGGGGUGAACUCCUUCCAGAUGUUCAUGACCUACAAGGAGGUGUACAUGCUGAGGGACAGCGAGCUCUACCAGGUGUUCCGUGCCUGCAAAGACAUCGGGGCCAUUGCCCGCGUCCACGCGGAGAACGGCGAGCUAGUGGCUGAGGGAGCCCGGGAAGCCCUGGAUCUGGGCAUCACUGGCCCAGAGGGCAUCGAGAUCAGCCGGCCAGAGGAGCUGGAAGCGGAGGCCACCCACCGCGUCAUUACCAUCGCCAACCGGACUCACUGCCCCGUCUACCUGGUCAACGUGUCCAGCGUGUCUGCCGGAGAUGUCAUAGCGGCCGCCAAGAUGCAAGGGAAAGUUGUCUACGCCGAGACCACCACGGCACACGCCACGCUGACAGGCUUGCACUACUACCACCAGGACUGGUCCCACGCUGCUGCGUAUGUGACGGUGCCACCCUUGCGGCUAGACACCAACACGUCCACAUACCUCAUGAGCUUGCUGGCCAAUGACACCUUGAACGUCGUGGCCUCCGACCACCGGCCGUUCACCACCAAGCAGAAGGCCAUGGGCAAGGAGGACUUCACCAAGAUCCCCCACGGGGUCAGUGGGGUGCAGGACCGCAUGGCCGUCAUCUGGGAGCGCGGAGUGGUAGGAGGCAAGAUGGAUGAGAACCGCUUUGUGGCCAUCACGAGUUCAAAUGCUGCCAAGAUUUACAACCUUUACCCUCGCAAGGGCCGCAUCAUCCCUGGGGCAGACGCGGAUGUGGUCGUGUGGGACCCGGAGGCCACCAAGACCAUCUCGGCCGGCACCCAGGUCCAGGGUGGCGAUGUGAACCUGUAUGAGAACAUGCGCUGCCACGGUGUGCCGCUGGUCACGAUCAGCCACGGGCGUGUGGUCUACGAGAAUGGCGUCUUCAUGUGCGCCGAGGGCACCGGCAAGUUCUGCCCGCUGCGCUCCUUCCCGGACUCGGUCUACAAGAAACUGGUGCAGCGGGAAAAGAGUUUAAAGCUUAAGGGCGUGGACCGCACCCCAUACCUGGGGGACGUAGCCGUGGUUGCGCACGCUGGGAAAAAAGAGACGGGGACACCACUUGCAGACACCCCCACCCGACCUGCCACGAGACACGGGGGCAUGAGGGACCUCCACGAGUCCGGUUUCAGCCUUUCCGGUUCUCAAAUCGAUGACCAUGUUCCAAAGCGAGCUUCGGCCCGGAUUCUCGCUCCCCCCGGAGGCCGGUCUAGCGGCAUUUGGUAGCUGCCCACCGGACGUGUCCCCCAACUAAGGACACCAUCGCCACCCCCACUUGCCCAGCUGCCCCCCACACACACCCUGUGAGCUCAAGGCCGCCACGCCUUCUUCCACCGGAGCCACUGACACCGGCCUGCGCUUUGCUGCCCCGUGCCCGAUGCCACGCGGACCCCCGGGGGAAGGAGGCGGAGGGGGUGGCGCCCGAGCCCCCUCCUCACACCAGAGCUGCCCUGAAGACAAGGGCGAUGCAGCACCGAGGGAGGGAAGGAGGGCCUGUCUCUGCCUUGUGGGUCCCAGCAGAAGGUGGGAGCUGCCCCUAGUGCUUGC